GUGAGUAAAACGGGAGCAGAAGGCGCUGUGUUGGACGAAGCCAAAAACAUCAACAAGUCUCUCUCUGCUCUGGGAAAUGUCAUCGCUGCUCUCAGCGAAGGAAAGAAAAGCCACGUCCCAUACAGGGACAGUAAGAUGACCCGGAUCCUACAGGACUCUCUGGGGGGAAACUGUCGGACCACCAUCAUCAUCUGCUGCUCUCCUUCUGUUUACAACGAGGCCGAAACCAAGUCCACCCUCAUGUUUGGACAGAGAGCUAAGACCAUAAAGAACACGGUGUCAGUGAAUCUGGAGCUGACGGCUGAAGAGUGGAAGAAGAAGUACGAGAAGGAGAAGGAGAGGAGCCGGAGCCUGAACAUCGUCGUUCAGAAACUGGAGAAUGAGCUGAAGCGCUGGAGGAAAGGUGAGUCUGUACCUGUGGAGGAGCAGCUGAGCAGCAGGAGCAAGAAGAGCAGCAGUGAGAUGCCAGCGGAGACGGACAGCUCAGCUCAGCCCCCUGUCCCUCUGUCCGAUGAGGAGAAGACGCAGUACGAGACGCUGAUCACCGACUUGUACCACCAGCUGGACGACAAGGAUGAAGAGAUCAACCAUCACAGUCAGACGGUGGAGAAACUCAAACAGCAGCUGAUUGAUCAGGACGAG